AGGAAUCGCUGGGAUCAGUUUUUAGAGAGACAGAGACAGGAGCGCCCACAAAAUACUUGAACAACUUUGUCUCCUCGAGGAGAGAGACAGUUACAGGGGCGCCACAAAGUACUUGAAACAAAUUUGGCUCCUCGAGGAUCCUGCUUUUUCAUGGAAUCGUCCUCCAAUAUCUCUCAUGGAGGGAGAAAGAACAAGGGACCCCCUUUCAAGUUCUUGGUACCCCUCAUUUAUGCUCCCGUUCUUCCUCUCAUCAGGAUUGGUUUUCGGAGGAAUCCUGUGUUAAGGGAUCGAUUAUUCACUGCGGUAUUGGCAGGGGGUUUCCUGCAUGGGUUUUACUUAGUAACUGAUGUUUAUGAUGUUGAGAGUAAGUGACGAAACUUAUGGCGACUACCGUCAAACACUAUACUGGUUAAUGAGGCCCAAGAUUCCUUUUAACUUCCUUGAUCUUCUUCAGCUUGUCAUCCAUUGUUGCGUAAUGCAACAAGUUUCCUUUAUUUUUCGUAGUAAUGCAAUAUUAUUGUUUUAAGUAGAAAUUAUUGAACCACUAUUUGCUUUAUAAUGCAUCGACUUUUUUAUUUUGUUGUUUGCUUUAUGACACACAUCUCCUUGUUAUGGAGUUAAGAACAAUGGGAUUUUUGAAA